CCACAUAAAAGGGCCCUCUUUUCGCCGUUUCCUCCAAACCUAGGCGUCUCUGUUCUCUCCUCUGCUUCUCCGAAGAACCCUAGAUCGCAGCGAAAAUGUUCAGAUCCAUGCUCGUCCGAUCAUCUUCCUCGGCGAAGCAGGCGCUUCUCCGCCGUGGGUUCUCCUCGGAGUCCGUUCCCGAACGCAAGGUCGCCAUCCUCGGCGCCGCCGGUGGGAUCGGUCAGCCCCUCGCCCUUCUCAUGAAGCUUAACCCUCUCGUCUCCAGUCUCUCCCUCUACGAUAUUGCCAACACACCCGGCGUCGCCGCCGAUGUCAGCCACAUCAACACCAGAUCUCAGGUUGUCGGAUACAUGGGUGAUGAUAACCUGGGCAAAGCUCUUGAAGGAGCCGACCUCGUCGUUAUUCCAGCUGGUGUGCCAAGGAAACCCGGCAUGACUCGUGACGACCUUUUCAACAUCAAUGCUGGAAUCGUGAAGAGCCUCUGCACUGCCAUUGCUAAGUACUGCCCACAUGCAAUUGUCAACAUGAUCAGCAACCCUGUGAACUCCACUGUCCCAAUUGCAGCAGAGGUUUUCAAAAAGGCCGGCACUUACGAUGAAAAGAAGCUGUUUGGUGUAACCACUCUUGAUGUUGUCAGGGCCAAGACUUUCUAUGCCGGAAAGGCUAAUGUCCCUGUCGCAGAGGUUAAUGUUCCUGUUGUGGGUGGUCAUGCCGGUGUUACCAUUCUCCCUCUCUUUUCUCAGGCCACUCCCAAAGCCAACUUGUCGGAUGAAGAUAUCAAUGCACUGACAAAGCGCACCCAGGAUGGAGGGACAGAAGUGGUUGAGGCGAAAGCUGGAAAGGGUUCGGCUACUCUGUCAAUGGCCUAUGCGGGAGCGCUUUUCGCUGAUGCGUGCUUGAAGGGACUCAACGGUGUUCCAGACGUCGUGGAGUGCUCGUUCGUCCAAUCCACCGUCACCGAGCUUCCCUUCUUUGCCUCCAAGGUGAGGCUGGGGAAGAACGGAGUGGAAGAAAUCUAUGACUUGGGGCCGCUGUCGGACUUUGAGAAGCAAGGGCUGGAAGCCAUGAAAACAGAGCUCAAGUCCUCCAUCGAGAAGGGAAUCAAAUUCGCAAACCAAAGCUAGAGUACGCAAAUUUUCCCCUGAGUUGAUCGAGAUACACUCUCUCUCGGGGCAAAACUAGUUGUGUUUUUUUGUUGUUGUUAGAAUCGGGCUUUCCGAUUUUUUUUUUUUUUUUUUCCGGAUGGGAAGGGCAGAGACCUCGUACAAUUCAUCAAUAAGAGCAAGCUGGCGUGUUCUUUGUCGUUACGAAUGCUGCUACUGUUGCUCUGUGAGAGAUCUAUGUUAAUGGGUUAUGAUCGCUCUUAUGGGUUU